GCGCAGCCGCCGCCGCGAGUCCUCCCCAGGGGCCCCCGCCUCUCCCUGCUCUGUCCACCAGCCGGCGGCCGCGUCCCCCGCCCGGGAGCGAGUCCGGCGCCGCAGCCCCGACCGCGGCGCAGGGUGGGUUCGGGAGGCCCUUGGAGCGCUCCGGCCAGGGACGCGCGGUGAGCCCCAGGUGUGUCCCAGAGGCAUCCAGGUGUCUUCUCUGCAGGCUGUUUGCCAUGACACCCCAUCAAGGACGGGGUGAAUAAAGUGGGAAUCCUUCCCCAUGCCCCUCCCAUGGUCAGCUCCCCGAUGGCCUGGGUGAGGGUGGGCUGGCUGCUCUGACACCAUGGGGAGCUGCUGUAGCUGCCUGAACAGAGACAGCGUCCCAGACAACCACCCUACCAAGUUCAAGGUGACCAAUGUGGAUGAUGAGGGGGUGGAGCUGGGCUCAGGGGUGAUGGAGUUGACACAGAGUGAGCUGGUGCUGCAUCUGCAGCGGAGAGAGGCUGUCCGCUGGCCCUACCUCUGCCUGCGACGCUAUGGCUAUGACUCCAACCUCUUCUCCUUUGAGAGUGGCCGCAGAUGUCAGACAGGCCAGGGGAUAUUUGCAUUCAAGUGUUCUCGGGCUGAGGAAAUCUUCAAUCUCCUUCAGGAGCUGAUGCAGUGCAACAGCAUCAAUGUUCUUGAAGAGCCAGUCAUCAUUACCCGCAAUAGCCACCCCACUGAACUUGAUCUCCCUCGGGCCCCCCAGCAGCCCAAUGCUCUAGGCUACACUGUCUCCAGCUUCUCCAAUGGCUUUCCUGGCUGCCCUGGAGAGGGCCCACGCUUCUCCGUUCCCCGGCGGCCAUCAACAAGCAGCCUGCGACACUCUUCACUUGGGGAAGAGUCCACCCAUGCCCUCAUUGCCCCCGAUGAGCAGUCCCACACCUAUGUCAACACACCUGCCAGUGAAGACGACCACCGCAGGCGCCGACACUGCCUGCAGCCUCUGCCUGAGGGCCGGGCACCCUUCCCCUCACAGGCCCAGGGCCCCGACCAGCGGGACCCGCAGGUGUUCUUGCAGCCGGGCCAGGUGAAGUUUGUGCUGGGCCCCACUCCUGCUCGGCGGCACACGAUGAAGUGCCAGGGUCUCUGCCCCAGCCUGCAUGACCCUCCCCACCACAACAAUAACAACGAGGGUUCUUCAGAGUGCCCAGCCCAGCCCAAAUGCACCUACGAGAAUGUCAGCGGGGGGCUGCGGAGAAGCAGUGGCUGGAGACUGAGCCCGGAGGAGCCAGGCUGGAGUGGCCUGGCCCACCGCAGGGCUGCCCUGCUGCACUAUGAGAACCUGCCCCCGCUGCCCCCCGUGUGGGAGAGCCAAGCCCAGCAGCUGGGUGGGGAGGCCGGGGACGAUGGGGACUCAAGGGAUGGGCUCACACCCUCCUCCAACGGCUUCCCUGAGGGUGAGGAGGACGAGACCCCACUGCAGAAGCCCACCAGCACCCGGGCUGCCUCCCGCAGCCACAGCAGCUUCCCUGUGCCACUGACCCGCCGCCGUGGCUCCCCGAGGGUCUUCAACUUUGAUUUCCGCCGGCCAGGCCCCGAACCCCCAAGGCAGCUCAACUACAUCCAGGUGGAGCUCAAGGGCUGGGGCGGGGACCGCUCCAAGGGGCCCCAGAACUCCUCAGUACCCCAAACCCCAGUGCCCAUCACCCACCCUGCCCGCAGCUCAGACUCCUAUGCCGUGAUUGACCUCAAGAAGACUGUGGCCAUGUCCAACCUGCAGAGGGCUCUGCCCCGGGACGACGGCACUGCCAGGAAGACCCGGCACAACAGCACUGACCUGCCUCUGUAGAUGGCCCGUCCUCCACCCAUGCCCACCACGGUCUGGCCUCCGUCUCACUCCCGUCCUCUGACCAACCCAGCCUGGGCUCAGGGAUGCUUGACAGAAGGCACUGAGGUGGAACCAGAAACUUCCCAGAGCAGGCUGGAGUCCCCACAGAUGUCAGCCACCCAGUCUUCUGGUCCCCGAGCUGGGGAGAGGAGAGGGCGACUGGGCAAGGAGGGAGGGAGCCGCAGCGUGAAUGGUGAAGGGUCCCGUGAUCGCCUUUCACACCUCCCUGCCGUCCAUUUGUCUCGUCUGCCAGCUGUCUGUGUGUGUUUUUUUUGGUUGGAAUUUUGAAACAUUUUGUACCUGUUGAUUUUAUUUAUCAGUUUAUUUUUCUAUUUAUUGUUUUAAAUGUAAUUUAACA